UAAAAUAGAAGGGCCUUUCCAUCUGUCAGGCUGAAGUCAGCCUUGUGGAACACAAGUCUGGGAACACAAAAUCAACCCACCAGGCACAGGGAAAAACAGAAAGGCAAGGAAAGAGAAAUUUCUUCAAACACUGGCUGCAUUCUCCAACCAGCACUUUUGUCCACUUGCCUAAUUUUUUACUUUGAGAGGGUUGAUUUUUAAAAUAAUAAAAAAAAAUAUUCAGAUUCAUUUGGAAACAAAUCAACGAUGAAACUGAGUGUGGGGAUAUUUUUUGGAGGCUUCUUCGGGGCGCUGGGAGUUUUGCUCUUUUUGGUGGCCUUUGGGACAGAUUACUGGCUUCUUGCUACAGAAGUUGGAAGAUGUUCAGAAGGUCCAAACAAUACCACGGAGGAGAAGGUCACUUUCCACCAUGAAGGUUUCUUCUGGAGGUGCUGGUUUGCUGGAGAUAUAGAAGAGGACACUAACAAUAUUUGGAAAUUCUGGUACACCAACCAGUCGCCGUCUAAGAAUUGCACACAUGCCUACCUUUCUCCAUUUCCUUUUAUCCGAGAUGAACACAACUCAACCUCCUAUGACUCUGCAAUCAUUUAUCGUGGUAUCUGGACUGUGCUCAUGCUCCUGGGGGUGAUCACUGUUCUGGUGGCCAGCUUCUUCAUCAUCUGUGCCGCUCCCUUUGCCAGCCAUAUUCUAUACAAAGCAGGAGGAGGCAUUUUCAUCGCUGCAGGCAUCUUGUUUUCACUGGUGGUCGUGAUGUAUGUCAUCUGGGUCCAGGCAAUGGCUGAUCUGGAAAACUACAUGAAUAUGAAAAAAAUUGAUUGCCCAGACUUUGUUGCUUAUGUGCACUAUGGCUGGUCUUUCAUACUGGCUCCUAUAGGAAUAUUUUUUGCUUUGUUUGCAGGAAUGCUCUUCCUAUUAGUAGGGCGUACUAUUCAACUGCACUCUGACUUAUCACACAUCUAAUAAUUGGUGUACUGGGAUUGUGAUAAAACUUUUAAACUGGAACACAAAUUAUGUACAUUAUUGCCAUUACUACUAUAUAGCAUUUGUAGAGGCACUUCUAGAAUUGCUUAAGUUACAUGUUUAAUUGAGACGUUCCUAUGGGACAUAAAACUCACUAUAGGAAAAAAAAUAACGUUCAUUCCUAUCCAAUUUCUUUAAGUUCUUUAGGUACUACAUGGAAUGGUUCUCCACAUAACAUUAGUUGCAGCAUUAGAUCUCCCUGCAAACACGGGAGGGUAAAAAACCACCAACAACAUAAAAAUGGGUCAAAUCUGGAUUUUCUACGUUUGUCUUAACCAUUUACUUUGUGCCACUGUCAAAAAAGUCCUUGUGGAGAAUGGUAAAGACAGAGGAAAACAAGUGUCCAACAGGGUAAUUUAAUCCACCUCCUCUCCCCCUUUCCAAAACUUUCCUUUGCUUUAAUAUGAACAAACACUUCUGCACUUAAAAAUAGAGUACAGUUGUUCAUGCAGUAUCCACAUGAACUGGGCAGUAGAGAAGAUGAUUCCAGUGAAUAAUGAUUUGGGGCUAGUAUCUACAUGUAAUAGCUUAACUGUCAACAUGAUAUGUUUUGCUGCUAUGUAAACAUUUGAAAGCUGUAUUCUUCGUUAUUCUGAAAUCUGUAUUCUUUUGUUGCAUGGUUCUGUAAGCCAAAAUAAUAUAGUUAAACUACUAACUAAAGGUAUGCCAAAAUUAUAUAAUAAAACAUAUGGUGUAGAUUUUUUAUAUCAAGUUUUUACCUGGACAUUUUGUAGGUAUGUUUGAUUAUUGGCUUUUUCAAACAUUAUCUGUGAUUUACAUACUUUAAAUAGUGAAAAAUUGCUGUAUAAUGAGAUUUUUAAUUAAAAAUGUUUAUUAUGAAUAUAAA